GCGGAGACUCGGGGUUGGCGAGAGGAGGGGGGGGACUGCGACUUUGCCUUUCCGCUGCUUUGCACGCAGGAUUCCUGGUGAGCAAAGUGGCUUUGGAACAUGUCGCAGUAACAUGCUUAAAAUUCUUGACAACUGCAAAAUAAACUGCUAGUUUCAUUUUUCUUACCCCUCCCCUUUCUUCCUGCCCUUGUGUGUUUAUUUUGACUUGGGGGGGGUUGUGGGGGACCGUGUCAGGCCUGCAGAAAUGUCCCCUCCACUCCCCCCGCCCACAUCCACAGCUAAAUAGCUUUCGGUUCAUGGAGACAGAGUGGGGUCUUAUGUCAUCCCCACCUGGAGGCUGCGAGGUCGGCUUGGUUUUUUUGACGCCGUGUCCCCCUCCCUUUUCCCUUGCAAGAUAUAACACGUGGGAGCCGGAGGAGAACAUCCUGGAUCCGCGGCUGCUGAUCGCCUUCCAGAACAGGGAACGGCAGGAACAGCUGAUGGGUUACCGGAAGAGAGGGCCGAAGCCCAAACCGCUGGUGGUGCAGGUACCUACCUUUGCCCGCCGCUCCAAUGUGCUGACUGGCCUCCAGGACUCCUCCGCGGACAACCGCUCCAAGCUGGAGCUGGGCGCUCAGGGCAAGGGCCAGGGCCACCAGUACGAGCUCAACAGCAAGAAGCACCACCAGUACCAGCCCCACAGCAAGGAGCGGACCGGCAAGCCCCCGCCGCCGCCGGGCAAGAGCGGCAAGUACUACUACCAGCUCAACAGCAAGAAGCACCACCCCUACCAGCCGGACCCCAAGAUGUAUGACCUGCAGUACCAGGGAGGCCACAAGGAGGCGCCCAGCCCCACUUGCCCGGACCUGGGCGCCAAGAGCCACCCCCCUGACAAGUGGGCCCACGGGGCCGGGGCCAAGGGCUACCUGGGAGCCGUGAAGCCCUUGGCCGGUGCGGCAGGGGCUCCAGGCAAGGGCUCCGAGAAAGGCCCCCCCAACGGGAUGACGCCGGCCCCCAAAGAGGCAGUGGCGGGCAACGGGAUUGGGGGCAAGAUGAAGAUCGUCAAGAACAAGAACAAGAACGGACGCAUCGUGAUCGUGAUGAGCAAAUACAUGGAGAACGGCAUGCAGGCGGUGAAGAUCAAGUCCGGCGAGGCUGCCGAGGGCGAGGCGCGCUCCCCCAGCCACAAGAAGCGGGCUGCCGAGGAGCGCCACCCCCCUGUCGACAGGACUUUCAAAAAGGCAGCGGGGACAGACGAGAAGAAGGCGGAAGCACCAUCCAAGAGGAGGGAGGAGGAGGCGCCGGGGGCCGGCGACCCGCAGCCCCAGGACGCCGGCUCCCGCAAGCUCUCCCCGACCAAGGAGGCCUUCGGCGAGCAGCCGCUGCAGCUCACCACCAAGCCCGACCUGCUGGCCUGGGACCCGGCCCGGAGCUCCCAUCCGCCCUCCCACCACCACCACCACCACCACCACCAUCACCACCACCACCACUCGGUCGGCCUAAAUCUCUCCCACGCGCGCAAGCGCUGUCUCUCUGAGACCCACGGCGAGCGAGAGCCGUGCAAAAAGCGCCUCACGGCGCGCAGCAUCAGCACCCCCACCUGCCUGGGGGGCAGCCCGGCCACCGAGCACCCCACCGACGUGUCCCCCACCGCCGCCCUCCCGCAGCCCGAGGUCAUCCUGCUGGACUCGGAUCUGGAUGAGCCCAUAGACUUGCGCUGCGUCAAGACGCGUGGCGAGGCCGGGGAGCCCCCAAGCGCCCUCCAAGUGAAGCCCGAGGCUCCCGCGACGGCGUCGGUGGCGGCAGCUGCGCCGGUGACGGUGGCCGAGAAGCCUCCAGCCGAGGCCCAGGACGAGCCCGAGGAGCCGCUGAGCGAGUUCAAGCCCUUCUUUGGGAAUAUAAUUAUCACCGACGUCACCGCGAACUGCCUCACUGUCACGUUCAAGGAGUAUGUGACGGUGUAGCCGGAGGGCUUCCGAAGGGGAACGCCAUCCCCGCGGGUGGCUUAGCACCUGGUGCCUAGGGGCGGACUCCUCCUCUCUCGCCAGCUGCGGGAGAUCCGGGAUCCGGGCCUGCCCCCCCCCCCCCCCCC